AUGUCGUCCGCGAACGACCCGUUCUACCUCGUCAAGGAGGAGAUCCAGGAGAGCGUGAACAAGGUCAAGGCGCUGUGCGAUCGCGUCGACCGCCUCCCCGAGGGCAACGGCGAGCGCGUUCGGUACGCGACGUCCGCGAAGAGCGAAUGCGAGAGCGUCUUCUGGCAGCUCGACGAGCUGGACCGCGCGACCGCGAUGGCGGAGCGGGACUUCGCGCGGUUCAAGGUGGACGCGAGCGAGCUGACGUCGAGGAAGCGAUGGACCGCGGCGACGAAGGCGACCGCGAGCGCGCUGUGCGAUAAGGCGAACGGCGUGAUCGAGGCGAGGAAGCGACGCGGCGCGGGGUACCACGGCGGAGGAGGAGGAGACGACGACGCGGCGUCGCGGCAGCAGCAGCGCGCGGCGAACGACGGGUACCUGGAAGCGCAGAGCGACCAGCAGCAGACGCUGCUGCGGCGGCAGGACGUGGACUUGGACGACAUCAGCGCGAGCAUCAGUCGGAUCGGGCAGGUGGGGCUGACGAUCGGAGAGGAGCUCGACACGCAGGGGCGGAUGCUCGACGAUCUCGAGACGGACGUGGAGGGGACCAACUCGAGGCUCAGGGCGGCGCAGAGGAAGAUGAAUCAGGUGUUGAAGAAGGCGGGGGUCAGAGGGCAGAUGUGCAUCAUCGCGAUCUUGACCGGGCUGUUGAUCUUGCUCUUCGCGAUCGCGUUUUAUUGA